UUUUCGAGCACACAAAAUCUCCCUUCGUCAAAAGACCAAAAGAGAUCGUUUCUGGAACGCAAACUCAGAAUUCCCAAUCAAUCAAGCGCAAGCAGAAGCUCCAUUUUUCCGCGAAACAAGCUUCAGCUCCAAGCUUCUUUGCCGUCUGCAUCUCUAGGUUUCGCAUGGCCGCUGCAACCGAAUCAUCGCCAGUUUUAGAAUCGAAGGAGGCUGAUCUCAAUUCUACGGUUCUUGAUCUCACCAGCUUUCAGCUCCAUGACCUCGACUCUAUCGAGUUGCCUUCGAGUUUAACGGAAUUGGACCUGACUGCAAAUCGACUUUCGAAUUUGGACCCUCGGAUUGGAAAGCUCUCGAACCUGAGGAAGCUCUCUCUUCGUCAGAAUCUCAUCAAUGAUGCUGCCGUUGAAUCGCUCUCUCACUGGAACGCACUCUCAGGUCUCGAGGAACUUGUUCUCAGAGACAAUCAAAUGACGAAAAUACCUGAUGCGAGCAUAUUCAAGAAGCUUUUGGUAUUUGAUGUUUCUUUCAACGAAAUCACUUCGUUACAUGGCUUGUCGAAGGUCUCCAAUACACUGAAGGAACUUUAUGUAUCUAAGAAUGAAGUUACUAAAAUGGAAGAGCUAGAUCACUUCCUUCAGUUGCAGAUUCUUGAGCUUGGUUCCAAUAGACUACGGGUAAUGGAGAAUAUUGAAAACUUAACCAAUUUAAAGGAGCUAUGGUUAGGGCGUAACCGGAUUAAGGCAGUAAACCUUUGUGGACUGAAAUGUCUCAAGAAAAUUAGUUUGCAAAGCAACCGUUUGACUUCAAUGACAGGAUUUCAAGACUGUGUUGCUUUGGAAGAACUAUAUCUCAGCCAUAAUGGAAUUUCAAAAAUUGAAGGUGUUUCAACUUUAGUCAAUCUUCGGAUAUUGGAUGUCUCAUCAAAUAAGCUAAUGAGUGUGAGUGACAUUCAAAAUCUGACAUGUUUAGAAGAUUUAUGGCUUAACGACAACCAAAUUGAAUCACUUGAAACCAUUGCUGAGGAUGUUGCUGGUUCAAGAGAGAAACUAACAACCAUCUACCUUGAGAACAAUCCAUGUGCAAAGACUCCCAACUAUAGUGCCAGACUAAGAGAGAUCUUCCCAAACAUACAGCAAAUUGAUUCGGAGAUCUUUACUAAGAACUUUUGAGACCAAAAUGCAGCUUCUCAUGGACAGCCAUAAUAUACAAGAAAAAUUCUGACAGUACGUUCAUUAAAAUACCCAAUACAAACUUAAAGAUCGAGUAUUAUUGGUUAAAACAUCAUGAGCAAAACUGAAACCAAUUAUAAUUAUUAAGGGUAUUUUGUAAAAAUGAGUUGUUUUCUAUUUUUGUCUGUUGAUUAUAGAUUUAUCUCCUAAUGUUUGAAGUUCCGAUUGUGUUAAUUUUGUUCGACAUUUUAACAGAGAUGGCUAUAAAAGAUCUCUCUUUUAACAUGUAUAUAAAACCAAUCAAAAGAUUGAGUAAAACUGGAAAGUGAAAAAUAUUAGCAGACUGAGACUGAAUUUCCUUAAGUUAAAUACUAAAGCCCGUUGGUAAUGAUUGUUCUUUUAAAUAGUUUUUUGGUUUUGGAAUUUAUGCUUGUUAUUUUCUAAAUUACAUACUAUGAUUCUCAUAUUUCUCGAAGAAAUGUUUGAAUUAAAAGUCAAAUUCAAAAAACAAAUAAGUUUUUGCAAACCAAUUUUUUUUAGUUUCUAAAAUUUGGUUUUGGUUUUUUAAAACGGACGAGAAUAACAAUACAAAGAAACCUAUAGGUGAAAGUAGUAUUUAUAUUGAUUUUAAAAUGGAGCUUAAAUAAAUUGAUUAUCUGAAUUUAAUUCUUUUUCAUUGUUAUGGGUC